GGUCGGUCUCCGCAUGGCUAGGGGACUAGUUGGGAAUAUGGUCUCUGAAGCCCUGGUGGGUCUUGACCUGGUUUUCACGAAUGACGUAUCUUCGCAAUAUUCUUCAGCUCUCUCGUCUGGGUUUUCAUUUCUUUGCAUAGACUUGUUUCAUCCAAAAUCAAUUGUUGAAGAUCUGUCAGUUACCUCUGGUGGUCCUGAUCCACGUUCUGACCUUGCCUACGAAAAAAAUGGCAAAAGCAUCACGAAGUCGUUGGUAGGUAAGGUAUCGACGACGAUUGAUGUUGAUGCUGACAUAAUAUCCAUCCGUCAAUCGGGUGCUCAACUUUUAAUGAAGGAACUUAGUUGGGCUGCACACCUAGGCUUGCCUGCCGUUAUCGUCAGAGUUAAUCGCCCAACCAGUCCUAAUCUGGCCAGGUUACUAAUAAAUUUCAUACGCGGAGAAUAUACCCCGAUUAAGAUAUGGCUAGUAUUUCCAAUGGUAAUCAAUUUCAACAGCUCUAAUGAAAUGAGCAAAGUGGAAAACAAGGAAUCAACACCGGAUGAAUUAUCAUUCUGUUCACCCUGGCACUGGUGGCUAAAUCUAUCUACCAUGACAGCUGAUAUCUCAGACGCUCUUGGUAUUGUUCUUGAGAUACCAAAUGACCUACCCAAUGAGUCAGUGAUUUCAAGAUGGUUUAGUGAGCCUGUGGUUUGUUUGUUGAUUGAUACACAGCUGUUCCUGACCAAUUCCAAGGGCUACCCUGUACUACCAAAGAGUCAUCAGUAUAUCAUCAACCGGUUCUUCAAGCUGAAUGUACAAGUUGUACUGACUGGUGCCUGUCGAAAUGAUAAAGGUUAUACAGCCUAUCAACAAUAUAUUGCAUGGCUUUGGCAAUCUCAAGAUGCUCCUGACUUGUAUGAAGAACAAUCAAAGGGAUUAGAAGAUCAAUUACAGGAACCUUUGCAACCACUUCGUGAUAACUUAUCUUCUACAACAUAUUCAAUUUUCGAAAUGGAUCCGUUUAAAUAUCAAGCGUAUGAAACUGCAAUUUACAAAGCUCUUUGCGACCGUUUAUCUAAAUAUAAUGAAUCGAAUACAGUUAAAGAAAAAUGUCUUACCAAGCCUUCACAAUCAUUACAAACUAAAGAGCAUUUAAACGCUUUUAUCAAUCAUAAUUCGAAUAUUUGUCAAGUAGUUAUGGUAUUGGGUGCAGGUCGUGGUCCCCUUGUCAAUGCAACUAUAAAUGCUGCUGAAAGAGCUCAAUGUAAAGUUCGGAUAUAUGCAAUUGAAAAAAAUCCAAAUGCAUUGUGCACAUUACGUUCUAGGAUAAAUCAUGAAUGGCAAGGAUUAGAUGUACAACUAAUUGAAGGUGAUAUGCGUAAUUUAAAAACACCAGAAAAAGCUGAUAUAUUUGUCAGUGAACUACUUGGUUCAUUUGGUGAUAAUGAAUUAAGUCCAGAAUGUUUAGAUGGUGCACAACCAAUGCUAAAAGAUGAUGGAAUUAGUAUACCAUGUUCCUACACAUCAUAUGUUGCUCCUUUACAGUCCUUACAAAUAUAUAAUGAAACUAGACGAUCUAAAGAUGUGACCAAUAGAGUCGGGCAUUCCAUGGAAACACCUUAUGUUGUUCGACUUCGUAAUUGUCAAAUAUUGAGUUCACCUCAACCAGCUUUUACAUUUGAACAUCCAAAAAAAGAAUCGAAUCAGUCGAAUGCACGUGAAGUGUGUUGCAGCUUUAACAUUCAACAAGAUGCCGUUGUACAUGGAAUUGCCGGUUAUUUCGAAGCAAUUCUCUAUAAGGACGUAACACUCAGUACACAUCCAGACCGUCAUAGCCCUCAAAUGGUAUCUUGGUUCCCAUUGGUAUUCCCAUUCGAGUAUCCAAUCCAUGUUCGUUCUAAAGAUAAGAUCACCUUGUAUCUCUGGCGUAAUGUAAGUAGUCGGUAUGUGUGGUAUGAAUGGGUACUAACAGAACCGCGACCUACAAAAAUUCACAAUGCAGCUGGUCAUGUUUACAAAAUUGCACUUUGA